UAUAACAGUUAGAACAGCAAUAUGUCGGACGCAUUCUCAACCCCAGCAGAUCACGCUUUAUCCCACCCUGAACUGGAAGCGAUCUUGGAGAAUGCCCAAGCCGGACCAUCUAGCAUAGGAGAUGGAGCGGAAGGAAUGAGCAUAGAAGAAGCUUUCGAAGUGGAUGAGACUGUCAGGAGAGUGCUUGAGGGUGAUUAUAAGACUAUUGGGUUACAAUUCCCCGAUGAACUCUUGCCAUCUUCAGUCUCCGUCUAUCGGGCUAUCCAGACUCGCAUAGCACAUACCGGAGCUCAGGCAUACGUGCUUGCCGAUAGCACGUACGGGAAUUGUUGUCCGGAUGUCUUGAGUUGUCUUCAUCUCCCAGCAGAUUUCUUAGUACAUUAUGGACAUGCUUGUCUCACUCCAACGGACGCUCUCCCUGUUCACUACGUCUUUCCCCGGCAAAAGCUCGACGUCAAGCAAGCUGUGGAGUCAUUGUUAGCGGCGAGCAAGAACGAACUAGACGGUGACGGCAGGAAAGGUAUAGUGGUUGUGUGGGAUGUGUCAUAUGAUUGGCUAGCGAAUGAUAUCAGGGAUACAUUUUCUCAGGACUCAACUAUCCAGAUCAGUUUUGCCUCAAUUCAAAAGCCUACUCUUGCUUCACAGAAGGGACUCAAGGAUGUAAAGGGUAAGACACCUGCUCUCAGGAGCGUAGAACCACCUCAGGGGUUGGAAAUGAAUGAUUGUGUCUUAUGGUAUAUUGGUGAAGAGGGAAGAUCCUGUAUGAAUCUACAGAUGACACAUGCCAACAAUCCUCUCUUCAUCUACUCACCUUCUUCCCAGUCUGUAUCGCCUCUUCACCGCACCACUUCUCGUCUUCUCUCACGCCGUCUCUUCGCUCUCCAUCAAGCGCUUUCCGCCGACGUAUUCGGCCUUAUUGUUUCCAACAUCGGUCUCGCGUCUUCCAAACCCCUCCUUGCACAACUGAGAGAGGAUCUGAAGAGAGCAAAAAAGAAGAGUUACACCCUGAGCGUAGGCAGGCUGAACCCAGCAAAGCUUGCAAAUUUUGCAGAGAUAGAGUGUUUCGUGUUGGUUGGUUGCGCUGAAGGUGGUGUUGUUGACUCGAAGGAUUUUUUGAGACCUAUCAUUACACCCUGGGAAUUGGAAUUGGCACUUCAAGGCCCAGACCACGUAUGGGCACCGGAGAAUUGGACUUUGGACCUGGGUACCGUUCUCAAAGAUGCCCAAGAGCGUGAAAUAAAAAUCAAGCAAGAUUCUUCCACCGCUGACAGUGACGACGAUUCACUCGAAUUUUCACUUAUUACCGGAACAAUGCGAACAAAAAAACGCUUUGCGUUUGGAAACGGCACCCACACUCUUGAAAACAACAAGUUAUUGGGAGACGGUGGUGUGCAAGACCUGACCUUGCGUAACCAAAACUUCUCACUGUCCAAGCUUGAAUCCGCCGGAAGUACCUUUUUGGCGUCAAGAGAAUUCCAAGGAUUAGAACCAAGAUAUGGAAUGGAUGAGCCUAGUGUUCUGGAGCAAGGGAGGAGUGGGGUCGCGAGAGGCUAUACAGAGGAGAAAUAGACAAGUCCUCUUGGACGUGUCUUCAGAGAGCGUUUUGACUAUAAUUCAAUGUACCUCUCGGCAUUGCAUCGUAUCGCAUUUCGUUAACAAUGUACCACUUGUAUCAACUUCUAUGGCUAUCACUUCGGGGACGAUUCGUGAUAUGUUCCUAUAUGACAUCUGUAUGGCUGCAUUCGUUUUUCAAUCGGCGAAUCUUUCUUCGUUCGGACUUCAAUCUAAUCUCUUCCGCCUAGUAGUGGGCUUCAUUGUUCUAAUACCGUAUCAAGUUGCCAAUAGGCAUCUUUCAAAUUAUCAUACUUCAUUUCUAAUGCA